AUGGCUACCUUAAAUCAUACUGGUGUUAGCUACACAGUCUUCCACUUGCUGGGCAUCCCAGGCCUAGAGGAUCAGCAUGUGUGGAUUUCCAUCCCCUUCUUUAUUUCCUGUGUCAUUGCUCUGUUUGGAAACAGCCUGCUCAUCUUCAUUAGCCUCACAAAACGCAGCCUCCAUGAACCCAUGUACCUCUUCUGCUUGUUGGCCAGAGCAGACAUUGUCCUUUCCACUGCCACAGUACCAGAAGCCCCAGCCAUAUCCUGGUUCUAUGCUGGGGCAAUAUCCCUUGAUGGCUAUGUUACCCAAAUCUUCUUCAUCCAUGCUACCUUCAUUACAGAAUCAGGAAUUCUGUUGGUGAUGGCACUUGACUGCUACGUGGCCAUCUGUGACCCACUGCACUAUACCACAGUGCUCAGUCAUGCAACAAUCAUAAAGAUUGGCUUGGCUGUGGUCCUGAGAAGCUUCUGUGUGAUAAUUGCAGAUGUGUUUCUGGCAAAGUGGCUGCCUUUCUGCCGUAACAAUCUGCUGCCGCAUACCUACUGUGAGCACAUGGCUGUUGCCAAGUUUGCUUGCGCUGAUAUUUGUGUCAAUGUUUGGUAUGGCUUGUCUGUCCUUCUCUGUACUGUAGUGCUAGAUGCCUUGCUCAUCUUAGUGUCCUAUAGGUUCAUCCUCUAUACAGUCUUCCACCUCCCCUCCCGAGGAGCUCAGCUAAAGACUCUGGGCACGUGUGGCUCCCACCUCGGAGUCAUUUCCAUGUUCUACUUGCCUGGUAUUUUUACUAUAAUUACCCAGUGGUUUGGGCACCAUGUUCCUCUCCAUACACACAUUCUGCUGGCUAAUGUCUGCAUGUUGGCUCCUCCCAUGCUGAACCCCAUCAUUUAUGGGAUCAAGACCAGACAGAUUCAAGAGCGUGUGGUCAGUCUUUUGUCCUCACAGAGGAAAUGGUGCUAG